ACGAAUCAAUGCCCGCAAAACGUAGCGGAGCCGAAGCUCAGCUUAGUAUUAAAUAUAGUGUGUUGUUUUUAAAGUGUGGACACUUCCUGUAGUGGAAUUAAAAAGGUAGCAGUGCGUUUAAUCCCAGGGAUUUAUUAUACAACUGAUGAAUGUCAGCAUUAGUAAAACUCGAAAGGAGGUCGCGAGCUCUGCUGGAAAAUUGGACAUAUAUACAUACACACACGGGCACGCGCGCGCGUGCACACACACACGGUUUUGCUAACUGUCCAAAUCAAGAUGUCUGAGGAAGACUAGCCGGCAUCAUGACUCGCCUUGGGUUAUUUAAAUGAACUCGCAGCUGAACGCAUAAGAUCUUUUUUCUUCAGGUGUGUGUGAGAGUGAAAUGUUGCUGGCCUCGGCGGUGGUGGUGUGGGAAUGGCUGAACGAGCACGGCCGCUGGAGGCCCUACAGUCCGGCUGUGUCGCAUCACAUCGAGGCGGUGAUCCGCGGAGAGACUCGCGGCGCAGGCAGCGUAGCGCUCGGCCAGGUCGACUCCAGACUCUCGCCCUACAUUAUCGACCUGCACUCCAUGCACCAGUUCCGCCAAGACACUGGUACAUUGCGACCAGUGCGGAGGAGCUUCUAUGACCCGCGCUCAGCUCCAGGGCAGGGCUGGGUGUGGGAGUGGGAGAACGACUCGGGCACAUGGACGCCAUAUGACACAGAAGUGGGAAUCGCCAUCCAGGCAGCACGCGAGCGCCAGCAACCAUGGCUGGACCUGACGCCACUCGGCUUCUGCUACCUUAUCGAUCUACAGGGCAUGACGCAGAUCAACCGACAGACACAGCGCCGGCGUCGCAUCCAAAGACGCUGUGACUUGGCUUAUCCCCUUGUCUCAGGCCCUUUGCCUAAGCCUCAUGCCUGGACGUCCAAUGGGAGUGCAGCACACUCGGGGAUGAGUGUGUCUGGGAUCGGAGGAGGAAACGGAAGCGCAUACCCUAGUGGAGCCCUUCCUGCUUCAGCGAUCACUUCGCUCGGUCAGCCUUGCUCGUGUCAACAGUGCAUGUUGGUCUUGGGUGUCAAAACCACAAGCAUGGCACAGACUCUGGGCCGCAAAGCCAUGCCUCUGCCCAGGCCGAGGAGCCCAAAAACUGCCCCGCGGGCCCACACGUACUCGCUCACUCUGCCACACAGGAACUCCACAACAGCCGGAGGGUUUGCGCACACGCUCUCCGUGCUGGACUCUGCCACGGCUGCUCUGUCUCUUUCCUCCACCCGUCCUCCUCCCCCUACUGUUCCUCCACCUCCUCCACCUUCCUCUACUCCUCAUGCUACCUCUCCACCAAACCAGACAUCCUCCAAUGCCCUCAUCUCCACAACUGCCACAUGUGCUCCAACCCCUUCAGCCCGAGUCCUGGGCCCUGUGUCUUCAGCAGCCUGUGCUGCCCCAGUGCCACCCCGUGCCAGCCUGGCAGGCCUCAGCCGUCCUGCACUGCAGAGGAUCGCCAUGGCACAAUCACGGGCACUUAUUGCCUCUGGAGUCCCAACAGUCCCAGUCAAGAACCUAAAUGGAUCCAGUCCUGUUCACCCAGCCUUGGCUGGCAUAACUGGUAUUUUGAUGAGUGCUGCAGGACUUCCUGUCUGCUUGACUCGCCCACCCAAAUUAGUGCUUCACCCCCCACCCGUGAGCAAGAGUGACAUCAAGCCCGUGCCAGGCCUCGGCCACUGCUGCCGCAAAACCACCAAGAAACAAGCACGCAAAGGCAGAACUCCUGAAGAAGUCGUGAGAAGGUACUUGCAGAAGGUCCGCAACCCUCCAGAGGAGGACUGCACUAUUUGUAUGGAGGCACUAGCAGGUCCCUCUGGCUACAAAGGCCCUGGCGUGGGUGGCAUUUCCCGUGCUGAGUCGGUCGGUCGUCUGUCUCAGUGUGGGCACCAGUACCACCUGCAGUGCCUCGUGGCCAUGUACAACAAUGGAAACAAAGAUGGCAGCCUGCAGUGUCCCACCUGCAAGACCAUCUAUGGAGUGAAGACUGGCAACCAACCACCAGGCAAGAUGGAGUAUCACGUUAUCCCUCACUCGCUGCCUGGGCACCCCGACUGCAAAACCAUCCGGAUUAUCUACAACAUACCCCCUGGCAUUCAGGGCCCUGAGCACCCGAACCCUGGCAAGCCUUUCACAGCACGUGGUUUUCCCAGACACUGCUACCUCCCUGACAGUGAGAAAGGCCGCCUAGUGUUGAAGCUGUUGCUGGUGGCGUGGGACCGCAGGCUGAUCUUCUCUGUGGGAACCUCCAGCACGACCGGCGAGACCGACACUGUCAUCUGGAAUGAAGUCCAUCACAAAACUGAGUUCGGCUCCAACCUGACAGGACACGGCUACCCCGACUCAGGCCACCUGGACAACGUCAUGGAAGAGCUGAGGGCACAAGGUAUCACUGAGGAAGACUGUCUGAGGGACUGAGAGGAUGAAAUUGACAAGAUAUUGUGCCAAGUUGCGAUCUAGAGGCCAAAUGUUGGACGCAACUCGAACUUGAAGACUUUGCUCUGCAAUUGAGAACCCAGUGUUAAAGAAACUGGAGGAACGAGGAAAAGCCACAAACUGAUUCCGUUCUGUGGUGAUGAAAAAAGCUUUGAAACCAGAUUGUGACCCACUUCUGCGUCAGAGCUAGUUUAACAGACUUGGACUAUGAGGGGAAAUGGGUACAAACUAAUUUACUAUUGCUGGUGUCUGUUCAACAGUUUCUCGUAUUGUAGUUCUGUGAAGGGUACUCCACGCUGAGGUACUUCUGUGCAUGUAAGUAUAACAUUUGGUGGAAUAAGUCCUUUUUUUGUACGACAGAGGCCCUCACUUUUUUUUUUUUUUUGGCUAUGAAGCGCCAAUGGCAGUUUCAGAUGGAAUGUCGAUGUUUACUGCCCUCUAGUGGCACCUGAUUAUACAUUCCACCCAUAAUCAUGGUACAGUCACUUGGUUUAAACAUGGGUUUCAUUUUUACUUUUAUUUACACUACACUAAUUACUUUUGUACUCUUUUAAUUCUGUUGUAUUUUAUUUUAUGUUAUAGAGAGAUGGUUCAUAACUUAGAUGCCAGUGAUUUUGGUAUGAUUUUGAUAAUGAAGCUAAUAAGUCUUUGGAACGGCUGCUAAAACCUGUCCUUGGACAUUAAACUCAACCCACUUAAAGUAUUAAUCAGUAUUAAAGCCAGCUAGCAGUGUGGAAAUCAGGGGUGACGACAAACGCACAAAACAGCCAGUUUCGUCCUAACACUUUAAUUCACAAAGCCACACGGAAAGCACGAGUUAAUAAUGAAAAUAAAGUUUUAUUGUGAUUAGACAUGCAAUCGAGAUUCCAUAUACAGUAUAUGGACCAGUACUAAAUUUAAACACGUUUCAGAUAAAUAUGAUCUACGACAUGCCAGACUUGUGUAGAGGUUUGAAAUAAUGUCAUUUAACUCAAGACGCCAUAUUGGUCCUUGAGGAGCGGUGUUGAUUACCAGCCUGGAGAAAGUUUGCUUGCUUUGGAACAUCUGGUCCCAUUUUGUGGGUAGAUCUGUGCUGUGGUCUCCAGUUACUUUUCUAGUCAGUCACUGGUAGGUCCAUGAUGGACACGUUUACAAAAAAAAAAAAAUUAAAAAAACAAGUAUUGCUGUCAAGACAUUUGAGCAUGUGUGCACAUGCAAAUAUAAGCUUACAUUUAUAGUUGAAGUAUUACUGUGUGCCGUAUGUGUUUUUAUGUACACAUGUUCUGACUCAAUACCAUCUUUUUGCAUCAAGUGUUGCUGCAGCUCAGUAAGGCAAGCACUUCUAACUUUUUUUUUUUUUAUUAUUUUUGUUAUACAUUUUGAUUUUUAGUAAUGUCUUAUAAGCUGUACGUUUUUUUUUGUUUUCUUUUUGUACUGUGAAAUUUUACUCACUGAUUGCACUUGUAUUUUUUUUCAUCAUAGUUGCUCUGGUUAUUGCAGUAAAAACUUCAGCCGAGAGGAAGCUGCAAAGAAACGGUGUAUGGAGCUAGAACUAUUGUUGCUGUAUAACAUAAAACUGUACAGAAUAACGUGCAUAUUAAAUAGCUGCUGGAAUACUGAAUGAAUAUUAAAAAGAAGAUACGUGUAGGGUUUGUUCAUCUCAAAUGCUUUGUGUUCUGUUCAUGCACUUCAAACCACGUAAAUGCAUUUAUUUACAGAUCACAUGGUUGAUGAAUUUCAUGUGUCUAAUCCAAGUAUCUCAAAACCCACUCCUAUGUAACUGACUGACUGACUAAUUUACAAGAAUUACUUAAUUUUAUUACUUUAAGCUUAGAGGACGAGACGUUAAGUGUUGGUCUGAACUGCACAAUUAAAAGAGAAAUCCACCUUGAA